CGUCCCUGGUUGUGGUGAAUACUAGACUCAGUCAACUCAUAACUAAGGUACUCAUGGUUGUGUUGUUCAUCGUCUGCCUGACUCAUUACAUGCAUCCAAGUGCGAUUACUCAUUUUGAAGUCAACAAUCAAAAAAGUAUCAUUUUUUCAAUUGUUUUUUUGUAAAAACUUUCGUGAAAAGUUUUCAAAUUUCAUGAAAAAUGUGAACUUACUUAAUUUGAAAAGUAAAGUGUGCUGUACAUACAAUCUUGGUCGUGUUUACCGGUGAUUUUUUGUGAGAAAGUGUGAAUUGACAAAAAAUUGCAAAGUUUAUUCAUCACAAUCAUGGUUCAUCAUUGGCAAAGUCAACAUGUCCAAAUCAUAUCAGGAGUGGACGAUAUGGUCCUUCUUCCUAAAAUUACUGAAGAUGCCAUUAUGGAGAAUUUACGGAAACGAUAUAUGGAUGACUACAUAUAUACAUGCAUCGGUCCUGUCUUGGUAUCCAUCAAUCCUUUUAAGCAAAUGCCUUACUUUGGAGAGAGGGAAGUUCAAAUUUAUCAAGGCGCAGCCCCUUAUGAAAAUCCACCCCACAUUUAUGGAUUAGCUGAUGAAAUGUACCGGAACAUGUUGAUAGAUGUCGAGAGUCAAUGUGUCAUCAUAAGCGGCGAGUCAGGCGCCGGUAAGACGAUUGCUGCCAAGUAUAUAAUGGCUUAUAUAUCAAGAGUUAGUGGAGGUGGAGAACGUGUACAAAGAGUGAAGGACAUUAUCUUAGAAUCCAAUCCACUCCUAGAAGCCUUUGGAAAUGCCAAAACUCUUAGAAAUAACAACAGCAGUCGAUUUGGAAAAUACGUAGAAAUGCAAUUUGGAGAUGGAGGUCAACCAAUUGGUGGUAAAAUAUCAAACUUUUUACUUGAAAAAUCUCGAGUAGUAAGACACAAUAGUGGUGAAAGAAACUUCCAUAUUUUUUACCAACUGACAGCUGGAGCAAAUGAACAGAUGAAAUCGGAAUUUGGUUUAAGACAUGAACUUAAUAACUGUGAUUAUUUGAUGAGUUGGGAUGGAAACCGUUUAAAAAUUGGCGAUCGAGGAAGUGGUAAUGAUGCCAAGGAUUUCCAAGAAACGCUUAAAGCUUUGAGCGUCAUGGACAUCAAAGAGGCUGAUGUAUUUGAUAUAUUAAAACUCGUAGCAGGCAUUCUUCACAUAGGAAAUAUAAAAUUUCAAGAGAACGGAAAUUAUUCUCAGAUUAUUGACAACAAAGCUCUCCAAUUGCCGGCAUAUCUUCUUGGAAUUCCGGCGGAAAGGCUUUCACAUAAAUUGACAUCACGUGGAUUUGAAUCUAAAUGGGGAAGUCAGUCAGAGAGUGUUGAUGUUACUUUGAAUGUCGCUCAAUCACUUUAUACUCGUGAUGCUUUAGCCAAGGAUAUUUAUGCAAGACUCUUUGAUUAUUUAGUAAAAAGAGUUAAUUCAGCGAUGGAAAAUUCAUAUGAUUCUCUAGAAAUAGCUAUUCUCGAUAUUUAUGGAUUCGAAAUAUUUGAGAAUAAUGGCUUUGAACAGUUUUGCAUAAAUUUUGUGAAUGAAAAAUUGCAACAGAUAUUUAUUGAAUUGACAUUGAAAGCAGAACAGGAAGAAUAUAUUGCUGAGAAUAUUAGAUGGACACCAAUAGAUUACUUUAAUAACGCAGUAGUCGUAGACCUCCUUGAAGGCAGGCGACCUCCAGGAAUUUUUCUAGUUCUUGAUGACGUUUGUGCAACUCUUCAUGGUGGUAGUAAUGCUGCAGAUUCUGACCUGCAAAAAAAACUUUCCGGCAUUGCAAGUGGCCACGCUCAUUUCCACAGUACAUCCAAUGGUUUCGCCAUUCUACAUUACGCUGGUCAAGUGGUUUAUUCCACGGAUGGAUUUUGUGAUAAAAACCGUGAUGUUUUAUUUCCAGACUUAAUUGAACUCAUGCGUAGUAGCACGAAUCGCCUGGUACAGACGUUAUAUCCACAAGAAGAGAUGACAAAUAACACUAAGACGUUAAAGAUGCGACCAACUACUGCAGGAAGUAAAAUUCGCAGUCAAGCAAGUCGAUUAGUAUCUCAAUUAACUAAAUGUACUCCACAUUAUAUUCGAUGUAUUAAACCUAAUGAAACAAAAAAACCAAAAGACUGGGAUUCUUUAAGAGUUAAACAUCAAGUAGAAUAUCUUGGAUUGAAAGAAAAUAUACGAGUAAGAAGAGCAGGUUUUGCAUAUAGAAGGCCAUUUGCUAAAUUCCUUCAUAGAUAUGCUAUUUUAACAAAAGAAACUUGGCCUUAUUGGAAUGGAGAUGAAAAGCACGGUGUCCAAUGGAUCAUGUCGAGCAUUCACAUAGAAGAAAGCCAGUAUCAGCUAGGGAAAACCAAAGUUUUUAUUAAAGCACCAGAAAGUCUAUUUAUGCUUGAAGAAGCUCGUGAUCGUAAAUAUAAUUUUUAUGCUCGAAUAAUUCAAAAAUCUUUCAAGAAGUACUUUGCUCGAAAGAGACAAGAUGCUGAGAAACAGGCUGCGACGGAUUUAUUAUUCGGUCAUAAGCAACGACGAAGAGCAAGUCUAGAACGAAAUUUUGUUGGAGAUUACAUUGGAAUUGAUGGUCGUCCUGGAAUUUCUCGUCUAUUGGGUCGAAGAGAAAAAGUGGUCUUCGCUGAGAUAGUCAAGAAAUAUGAUAGGCGUUUUAAGAUGUGUAGGCGGGAUUUGAUUGUAACAGACCAUUGUUUAUAUUUAAUAGGUCGAACGGAAAAAUCAAAGAAAGAGUCAAGUAAAAAAACUCAGAGAACGGUUGAAGAAGUAAUAAAAAGAAAAAUAACAUUUGAACAAAUCAGUCAUGUAUCUGUAAGUACAUUACAAGAUGAUUUUGUGAUUAUUCAUGCAAAAGAAGACUAUGCAAGUUUAUUACAAAUAAUGUUUAAAACAGAAUUUUUAUCAGUAUUGAAUAAAAAAUAUCUUCAACAUUUGGGACAUCCUCUGAAUAUUAAAUUUAGUAAUAGCCUAGAAUUCAAAGUUAAGAAAGAAGGCUGGGGCGGAGGCGGUACACGUCAAGUUAAAUUUUCUUUGACUGGAUAUGGUGAUAAAGAGUUUCUGAGACCUCAAGGAAAAGUUUUGAAUGUAAUUAUUGGUCCAGGAAUGCCUUCAACAUCAAGACCAUCUCAUUCUUCAAAAUCUCGAGUAAAUCUUGCAAAUAAUUACUAUCAACCUAUAGGUGGAUAUUAUAACGUAAACAAUAAUACAGAAGUUUUAGAAAAGCAUAAUCUUCAUAAAAGUGAACAAGGGGUUUUAGAUAAAAAAGUUACUCCGGUUUUUCAUCAAGAAUCAGGAACUAUAUCGAAAGCUGCAUCUUUAUCAAGAAACACAGUUACUUCUCGACCUCAACUACCUCCGAAUAGACCAAAUGUCUGUCCAACUUAUAAAAUUCAAACAAACGCCAACAAAACAGUUCCGGCUCUUACAGCAACACUCGGUAAAAUUUUAAAUAAUCCAUCAGGAGGUCCAAGAUCGGGCUUUAUACGACCUCCACCUCCACCGUCUGACCCAGCACCUCCUAAUCAACCAGUUGUACAUGCAGGCUUCACUGCUAUAAACAACCAAAGACUGACAGCUCAAGAUAAUAAAAUAAAUGAUCGUCUCUCUGAUGGACAGCGUAUUAACCAGAUAAAUGAUCCUAAUCAAAGACUAGCAGAAACUUUGCGGAUGCAUUCAGACAAUAAAAAUAAGCAAAAAUUGCCGCCCAGACCACCACCAGUAUCUCAAUACCCAAGAGUUAAAGCUUUAUACGAUUAUGAACCCCAAGAUCUUGAUGAACUUGGGUUGAAAGAGGGGGCUGUUAUUGAAGUAAUAAAAGAACAUGAAGGGGGAUGGUGGUUUGGUCGUUGGAAAGGGAAAACUGGUCUUUUUCCGUCAAACUAUGUUGAAAAAAUCUAAGUCAGUCAACUAAAAAUUAUAUACUUUAACAUUAACUGGAAUUUAAUAUAAAAAUAACGACAAUAAUAGUCAAUGUAAAUAUUGUAAAAUAUGUGAAAUAUUUUUCCGAUG